CGGAGCCGUUUGUCCAAAACAAAGAGUGCAGGAAACCAGGCUGAGCUACCACAGAGGAACUGACUCCUGUAAAAGUCUGACCACCGAGGAAGUUUCUCUUCCAAGUCACCACUGAAGCGAGGACUCCGUGGAAGCGCUCGCAGGUUUUAUCCAGCCGGGAGAUGUUUGCUCUGGCUACCAGAAACUUUGUGGAGGAGGUGGAAGAUAAAGGGUCCCUGAUCCCGGUGACCAGCCUGAAUGACACCAUUGCUCUCCUGACGGUGGUGGUGAAGCGCAGGCGUUUCUGGUGCUGGCAAAAGUCCAAAUAUCUUCCCACUGAUUUUAAUCUCAAUGAUAUACUAACAGGAGACACACCCAUAAAUCCAGUUGUGGUUGAGACAGACUUCAUCAAAUACAGUGGGACAUUUAGUGACAAAAUUCAGGGAACUGUGGAUGCAAAUUUUUCCAAAUACAGCGUUAAACUUCAGGGUGAAGACUCAUCCAAACUCCAGUCAUCUUUUGGAAGCUUGAAGAAAGAGGAGAUGGAUAUGCAGAAGUUGCUGCGAGACUUAAAAGACAAGGUUCUGGACAUGUCCCACUGUCUAAUCCAGCAGACAAAGGAGAAGCAAAGACGGGUAUUUGGGAUUGUAAAGGAUCGUAUUAUAACCACCCAACCCUGUUCAGUCAUAGAGGAGGUGCAGCAAGGAGGACAGUGUGGAGGAAGUCUGACCUGUGGCCCCAAGAUCACUAAGUUUUUAUUGAAGGAGAACGCAAGCUUGGGCAAUGACAGUGACAUUACCAUGGAGAUUCCUACCAACACUCCAAUAGCCUAUAGCCUUAUAGAACUAAAGAUCAAACACGAUGGACAAUUUGAGCUGUGUGUAUUGUCAGACACCAAUGGAGGCUUUGAUAAAGUUGAUAGCCCCGCUAUAAAGAAAGACCAGCCGUGUUUUUCAGGAGCUCCUGCACAUUCAUCUGACAGUACCUGCCUUCAACAAGAACUAGAUCAACUAAGCGAUCAUUUCCAGCUGCUUUCAGCUCUUCCGGCAUCCACCAGGUCCGCUCUGCUACAGCAGAUUACAAAACUUUUGCAGGACCAAAUAACGAUUAGUGCACUUCAGGAUGUGCUAGAGCAGAUGUGCAUGGAUAAGGGAUCUGCCUUGGGUGACUUUAAAACAACAGCAUGUCAAAAACAGAAUGUCCAGGCAAUUCUGGAUCUUUUAGAGCAGUCUAGUCAAGAGGAACCAAGCCGAUCCACAUCGCUUCUCAAAGCCCUUCACCUUUUAAUCAGUGCAUUGGAUGAGAUGACUAAUGAUUGUCUUGCUGCGUUGGGAAUGUGCUGCAGCCCUGCAGUGUUGGGGAUCUUGGAGCUACUGGUGCAGUGUGCAUCAAGAAAUGGAGAGUCGCCUCUGAGCACCGAAGCGUCAUCUGUACUGACAGAGGCCAUCUAUGAAAAGAUCGAACAUCUGUUUGCCACCUGUAAUGUGUCCCUGCGGAGAAAUGGGGACAUGGUGAAGGCAGAAAUAGACAAGCAGCCAGGAAAUCUUCCUCUGGUCCUGUGUAUCGUGAUUCAAAGUCUUGCCUCAUUAGCUCAGGGUGUUUGAACUGAAACCCACUUUACAGCCACCAGAAACAAGUGUCACAGUGGAAGUAGGUAAUUGGAAACGUGUAAAUAAUAAUUUUUGUUAUUUUUAAUAGAAUAUCUUAAUGGGGGAAAAAAAAAGUGUAUGUUUUUUGGUGCUACAUGACCAAGAAGUCAUUCUAAAAAUACUGAAUACUUGAUCUGGAUACUAAAUCUGUUUUUUUUAAAAAAAAAAAGGAAAAAAGAAUGUGAAUUAAAAACUUGAUUUUUAUGUGAAUAAAUGUGCAAAAUUG